GUCACCAGGAUGCAUCUUACCUGGUUGCUAGGGGCGUGUCUCUGGUUGAUAUGCAUCACAGAGGGCGAUGCCUGCAGCAGCAGCUAACUUAGCGUUGUCUCGGCUGCGGAGUGAUGGGGAUUUGAGUAGAGGAUUCUGGUACGAUGUGAAACUGCUCAAUGAGGACUGCUCCACAUCCAAAGCUUUGACUGAAUUUGGAGAAAUGGAGGGUUAUGGCCAUGCUUACAUUGGCCCAUUUAACCCUGGCCUCUGCCAUGCUGCUUCUUUAUUCACUCAGCAUUGGGAGGCGGGGCUUGCAUCUCCAGGCUGUCUUGAUGCUGAUUGGCCAAACCUACCACCCAUCACUCCUCCCUACAAAGUCCUCUUUACUGUGCUCAGAUUUUUUCGCUGGGCACAUAUUGGCAUCAUCUCAGCUCCAACUGACCUGUGGGAAAACACCGGGCAGGAAAUAGCCUCUGCACUUCGAGCCUUGGGACUGCCAAUUGGUCCUGUGGUUACCAUGGAAUCAAACAGCAAAGGCAGAGCUCAGGAGGUGCUGGAAGACAUCAGACAGGCUGACAAGGUCAAAGUGGUCAUCAUGUGCAUGAGCUCUGUUCUGAUUGGUGGAGAGCAUCAAAAAGUUCUCUUGUUGGCUGCACUGGACAUGGGGAUGGUCUCUGACGGUUACAUCUUUAUUCCCUAUGAUGCCCUGCUAUAUGCCAUGCCAUAUCAGGACAUAACGUUUCACCAGCUGACUAACAACACACAGUUACGCCAUGCCUACGGUGCUGUUUUGACCAUUACCAUGGCGUCUGAUCAAAGUUUCUAUGAAGCUUUUCAUCAGGCUCAACUCAGCAGAGAGAUCCGUUCUGCUGUUGCUGCUACAGAGGUGUCUCCAGUUUUUGGGACAGUCUAUAAUAUGGUGUACUUUGUUGCUAAAGCUGUGGAAGAGCGUCGACAGGCGGGGGGCGGGCACUGGGUGACAGGCAGCCAUCUCUUCCAGUCAGAUGGAGGCUUUGAUUUCCAGGGUUUCAAUCAGGUGUUAUAUGGAGGAAAGGGUGGGCGUGGCCUUCAGGCCAGGUAUGUGGUGUUGGACAGUGAAGGAGAUCGUCUGGUGCCAACACACUCUCUCGCACCAAGGCACGCUGACGGGACAGUCGGAGGUCUGAGACCGCUGAGCCGUUCCUUUUUCUUUCCUGGAGGAAAGCCCCCCAAGGCCAAUUUCUGUUGGUUCAGCCCAGAGGAGACCUGCAGCAGAGGUGUAGAUGCUGCAAAAAUGUUUUUCAUCUUCGCUUUAGUUUGUGGUCUGAUUGCAGCUCUUUACUUCUGGAUCAGGAAGUACAAAAGAUCUUCAAACGUCACCAAACUGAUCCUAACUCUAGAAGACAUUGUGUUCAUUGACACGCAAGUCAGCAGAAAGAAACUUAAUGAUGAAUCCAUCAUGAGGAGUCUUUUGGAAAUUAAAACUCCACUUCGCUCCAUUGCUAGAAGUUACAUCCUGACUACACCAGAGAGCUCCAACAUUGGGAUCCUGGAGGGUGACUGGGUUUGGCUGAAGAAAAUACCUUUUGGAAAGACGACAACAGCUGUCAAUCAAAACACCCAAAAUAUAUUUAGCCAGCUGCGUGAGAUGCGUCAUGAGAACCUGAAUCUGUACCUAGGUCUGUUUGUGGAUUCAGGCAUCUUAGCCUUGGUUGUGGAACAUUGUCCUCGGGGAAGUCUGGCAGAUCUGCUGGCUGACAGUAACGUCAGGCUUGACUGGAUGUUCAAGUCUUCUCUGCUCAUGGACCUCAUCAAGGGGAUGAAGUAUCUUCACCUGCGUGGUUUGACUCAUGGUCGUUUGAAGUCUACAAACUGUUUGGUUGAUGGCCGUUUUGUUCUGAAAAUCACGGACUAUGGACUUCCCAUGAUCCUUCAGUCUCAGAGUGUCAGCCUUCCUGAUGAUCCACAAGAUCUCCUGUGGACAGCUCCAGAGCUUCUGAAGAGUCAAAGACAAGCUGGUUCAUUUUCUGGAGAUGUUUUCAGUUUUUCCAUCAUUAUACAGGAAGUGAUCUCACGAACACCACCGUAUGCUAUGAUGGAUAUGCCUGCUCAUGAAAUUGUGGAGCAUUUAAAGAACCCCCCUCCUGUCUUCAGACCAGUAGUUUCAGUGGAUGAAGCUCCUGCAGAGUGUCUCAAUCUGAUGAGCGAAUGUUGGAAUGAAGAUCCAAGCAAAAGACCAAGCUUUGAUGACAUUUUUAAACAGUUUCGAGGCAUCAGCAGAGGGAGGAGGGCAAACAUUAUUGACUCCAUGUUACGGAUGUUGGAACAAUACAGUUCUAACUUGGAGGAUCUUAUUAGGGAACGAACAGAUGAACUGGAGGUUGAAAGAAACAAGACUGAGAAGUUGAUUGGACAGCUUCUGCCAAAGUCAGUGGCUCAAGCUCUGAAGAAAGGGAAGCCAGUCCAACCUGAACAUUACUCAGACUGCACGCUUUACUUCAGUGACAUUGUUGGAUUUACAACCAUCUCAGCUCUCAGUGAACCCAUUGAGGUGGUUGACCUGCUGAAUGACCUGUAUACCAUGUUUGAUGCCAUCAUUGCUACUCAUGAUGUCUAUAAAGUAGAAACUAUUGGAGAUGCAUAUAUGGUGGCUUCAGGUGUUCCUAACAGAAAUGGGAAUCGGCAUGCUGCUGAAGUGUCAAACAUGUCACUGGACAUCUUGCAUUCGAUAGGAGCCUUUAAGAUCAAACACAUGCCUGAAAUCAAAGUGAAAAUACGCAUUGGACUGCACUCAGGUCCAGUGGUUGCAGGUGUGGUUGGGCUCACCAUGCCCAGGUAUUGUCUUUUUGGAGACACGGUCACCACAGCUUCUCACAUGGAAUCCAGUGGACUGCCCUACAGGAUCCACAUCAGUCUGAGUACUGUCAAGGUUCUGACUAGCCUCAAAGUGGGAUACCACAUAGACACCAGGAAGGCACAGGUGAAGGGCACAGAGGACACAUAUUGGCUGAUGGGUCGAGAUGGGUUUAAUAAACCUCUUCCUGUUCCUCCUGACCUCACUGGAGGGGCCAGUAACCAUGGGAUCUGUCUUGAUGAAAUUCCAGUUGAAAGACGGCAAAAGUUUUUAGAUCGACAAAAUAAGAUGAAGAAAUAACCCUUACACAAUUCUUAUCUUCUGACACUUUAGAGUUUGAGUAAUUUGAUCAGUACAGGAAUGACUCAAGUAAGUUUGUUUUCUCUUGUUGGUGACUAACAUUCAGUUGACAUCACUGCAAAAGAAUGACAAUCUUAUAUUAAAUAAAAAGUUAAAUUUAUAUUGUAACAGUACAUUAAAAGUAAGUUUAAUACAAUAAUGUAUUUAGAGACACUUAAUUAAUACUUUAUGGAAAAUCGACUCAAAAAAGUUAAAAGUUAAACAAAGUUGGCACAUUAUUAUGAAAUAUAAAAAUACUUUUAGUCCAUUUUCUCUACCUAAUUGAAGAACUGUACAGUUUUAAAAUUAAAAGAAAAUACAGAAUUAAAAUCUUUAAUUUUGGGUUAACAUGUUGCAAUUACAGCCCAGUCUAAUCAUGUCAAUGUAUUUUAUUUUCUUUCCUGUUUCACAUUUUAGAUAUUUAAUCCUCCAUUAAGGUGUGUUUGAACUGUGUAUUCUUGUGUAAUCAACCUUAAAAUGUUCCUGUUUGAUUAUUUUGAUGAAUUGUUCCUGUUUUAUUAUUUUUGAUGAAUUGUUCAAAUAUAAGUACUGAAGCUUUUUUAGAUUUAAAUAUAAACCAGUUAGACUAGAAAGAUUUCCAAAAAAUAUUGUUCACCAUAAUUUCAUUUUUGAUAUUUCGGCCCUCUAGUUGGAGGUAGAAAAUCCCAACCAAGACAAGAAUUAGGUUCUACCUGGACAUCCUGUAUGCAACAUGUUAGUAAUGUUACUUUAAUCUGUUACAAAGUUCUGAUUGUAUGGUGGCUACCAAUUGAACAAACAAAUAAAAUAAAUGUGAAAUAAAA